AUGAUCGACACUCGGGAUAUCGGUCCAAAUACGGUAACCAAUCAGAAUGCAGAAUAUUACAAAACUAUAAAGACUAUAAACGUACUUAGGUAUUGGGGAAGGGGGGGUGUUCGUGUGGAUGGAUAAAAACGGUGUUCUGAUCAAAUAAACCUGUUUUUAGCCCUUUGCUGCAGCUGCAGAAAAAGGCACAAGGAAAAAUGGAUUACGAAGCACGCUGGUUAAAAGCUGACAAUGGAGAUACGACAUCUAAAACUGAAAGAAGGCAAGUUUAUACUAAUCCCAUUCUUCAUCUUGCAAGACAAUCGACCAUCUUUUAAAUAAAAUAUUUUAAACAUUUAGGUUUCCUAGAAUAGCCAAGCAAGUUGCACAACAAUCCUUCCCCGCAAUGUUGGGGUCUCCAGAAGUAGAGGGGAAAGAUCCAACAUGGACACCAAGCAAUCUGGAAAGGGCCGAUAACAGAAGUUACAAUGCUUUGACUAAUGAAGAUAGCGUGUUGCAAGUUUUUAAUGAUGGAAUGGAAAGCAUAGCUAGAGCAUCCAACACACACUUUGAACCUGUGAUCUUUCAGCUACAAACAACGCUUAGUGAAGCUACAAGCUACGAGAAAACCGAGUGCAUGCGAAAGGCUGAAGAGGCGUGCGCAAUAGUGUGUAAAACUAUUGCACCAAAAGACGGCGAAAAUCUCCUCCGUGUAAUUUCACCAGUCCGUAGUGAGUCACCCCCUAAUGAAGUGCUGGCUCUACUGAAUGCCUACAAAAACGCACCGACAAAGAAUAUCAAGACCCAAAUUUUGAGUUUGUAUUGCUAUCAGUACACUACAAAAAAACUAAAAGAGAUGCAUGAACCAUUCGAGAAGCUCAGCGAUCGAAAAAUAAAGCUUGCACGGUCGCACGCUAAAACGGUUGGAGAAGGUUUUCCAAUUGAAAAUGUUACAAUGUAUCGUCAUCGUAUGGAUAAAGGAAAGCUAGAUCACUUUUUGUCGUAUUGCCCAGUAUGAACAGCAUUGCAAGGGAGAAGGUUUCAGUCCGCUUAGCCGUGCAUCGAUGUAUCGAGUGUUACAAGUAAGGGAAGCAUCGCAACGAAAGUCACUCCAAGGGUUGGACAAUAUUGCAACGGAUGGCAGUGCCGCAUUUCAUACCCUUUCUCGCAUUGUAGAAGAUCUGGAACAAACGUAUGGAGCAGAAAAAGCGUGGUCCACACAAGUUCUUCGCGGUCUAAAAGAUGGUAAACGCUAUCUAAAAACGAACUAUCGAGUCCACUGCAGAAACGAAUCAAGCAGCUGUCCUGACCAUUGCCGAACGUUCGCCUUGAGUGAUCCUGGUGAUCCAGAUUUCCAAGCUGAAUGUUCGCAUUCACACAACGUAUCCUGUGAAAGCUGUGAAAACAUCAAUCAAAUCAUGACGUCCAUUGAAGAGCAACUGACAGAACGUGCAAAUAAUAUGUAUACCAUGGAACAACUGGACGACUACAAGCAUGACGUUGCACAGGCACUACGCUUUAUUCAUAACUGGAAAGCGCACAUUUUACGCGCUCAACAGCAGGAAGAUAGCAAAACUGACGUUAUAAAAUCUCUACACAGAUCAUCAAUCUUGAUAAUUAUGGACUGGGCAAUGAAAUUUGUUCAAAUGCGACAUAGGGAGAAACAAUCCGAUUGGUUCGGAAAAAGAGGAAUGAACUGGCAUGUCUGCAGUGUUCUUUCGAAAAGUGAAACCAAUCUCCUCCAAAUUGAGUACUACGUCCACCUGUUUAACAGCUGUGUCCAAGACUGGUAUUCUGUUGUAUCAAUUCUUGAGCAACUUUUAACUUCAAUCAAGAAAGAAAGACCAGAAAUUCAACAAGUCUUCAUUCGCUCAGACGAAGCUGGCUGCUAUCACAACAACAACAUAGCCGCUGCCAUGAGGGACAUUGGAGAAAGAAUUGGUAUUACUGUUGUUCGUUACGACCACUCUGAACCGCAGUACGGCAAAGAUAUUUGUGACCGCAUUUUAUGCCACCUCAAAGGGACUAUUCGACGUUACUGCCACGAAGGCAACGACAUCGUGACAGCUGCGGACAUGUACCAAGCGCUCAAGGAACGACCUAUCGCAGCUUCUACAGCGGGCGUGUUUUGUCUUAAUCAGAAGAAUAGGGACUUGCAAGUCAAGAAUAUCAAUGCAUUUGGCAGUCUCCAUAAUUUUCGAUAUGAAACGAAGGGCCUUAGAGUUUGGAAGGCGUUUGGAAUAGGACCAGGGAAGCUCAUUCCAUGGCACGCCAUUUAUAUUCACCACCAAAGUCCAACUAAGCUAACUAUCGAUGGCAAGAAAGAAUUCUUCCUCACCACUGCCAAAGUUGUGAAAUCUUCAGCCAAUACAAAACCUGACGAACAACCAAAUAAGGACAACGAAGAUGUGCUGUUAUUCGAGUGCCAAGAAGUCGGAUGUGAACAAAGCUUUGAAAACCUCAACGAUUUAGAAGUGCACAUUUCCCUUGAGAAGCACAACACCACGAAAGAAAAUAUCUAUGACUCUCUUAGGCGGGAAUGGGUUAGUCAGUUUAACUCCAUCAGAAUUGAAGAACAAUCAACACCGGAAGAUAAAGAAAAAAGAGUCCGGAAAUUCCAUACAAGUUUGGAGAAAGGGUGGGCUUUACAUCAGGUAAGCACACGAAAGCGUUUUAGCAAAGAGAUUCGCGUCUAUUUGACAGAAAAUUACGAUGUUGGGGAAAAGACAGGUUGUAAACUCAAUCCGGGACAAGUCGCAAGAGAUAUGAGGACAGCAAAGGACGAGGCAGGAUUGCGCAAGUUUAAGAGAGAGGAAUGGUUAACUAAAAGUCAGAUUCAAAGUUUCUUUUCGAGGAUUACGGCCAAUCGACGAAAACAGACUGGCCAAGUCGAAGAGGACGAAGAUGGAGUUUCUGAUGAAGAACAUUUGGCAUACUCAGAAGAUUUGAUUUACGAAGAAUGCAUGCAAGAGGUGUUGGAAGAAAUCGCAUUGAAGCAUCCAAUUAUGUACGAUACAUAUGACUUAUGCGGACGCACGAAGACCAACAAACUUAAACUUUUUAAGAUUCCAAUGCUAAAAGAAAUUUGCAAGCAUUUUGAAAUUGUACAUUCAUCACGAACCAGUAAGCGUGAUCUGUUGCAGAAAGUGGAAACUUUAGUAUCGACAUGUGUAUGCAUGUGUAAAUAGACGACUUAUAUACGUAGUAUUUAUUACUGAAGCAAUAUUCGGAUGGGGGACGGUGGGGUGGGGGAGCUUGAUUUCCAUUUUGUAAUACGACAUAUCAUAAUCCUUCAAAGACUAUAUAAGUUCCACAUGUAAUGAACCAAAUGAAAAUACCAGAAAUCACCAAUAAUCAAUCCAACGUAGACAAAAUUGACAAUUAUUUAUAUUAGUAACAAUACGGAAAUUCUUGAUAUGAAUUAGUAAGAAAUUGAAAAAUAUUGUGACUGUUGUAUCCGUUGCGAACUACGAAAAAACUUUACACUGACCACAUUAUUUUAAUGCCUUUAAUUAAUAAUGAAUCAAUAAUGACAAUAAUGACUUUAAUUAACUUAAUAGGGAAACAUUUUAUUGUCCAGUAUCCCGUAUCAUUAUAUAACUUUUCUUUAUAUCAGUAACCCGUAAUAGCGCCUCACUAGUUUGCUGGAUCUAAUCUGUUUGUAAUUAGGACGCAAUUGCACAUAUUUAGUUUAAUCAAUGAACUCGCUUGACUUGCAUAGUUGUAAACUUGUAGUAAAGUGAUCAGCGUACUUAGACUAUUGAAACACGAUACCACGUAAUAAGUUCUUUGUAUGAUUGCAUGGCGAUAAAAUAUAUCACGAUAAAAUAAACACCACUUGGUGUUUCCACAAACAAAAAGUGUUAUAAGUGUAAAAGUGUUACUACAAUCGUAGUAAUUUAAACUAUUUGAACACUUAGUCUCUCUCCUCCGCACAUGCAGGCUUCUGUGCCAUAUGAUUAAUGCGAUUAGCAUUGAAAUACAUUUCAAUACACUUUACAUGGCAGAUCUUGGAACACGAGCGGAGACACUUAGCAAUAUCAUUUGAACAAAAUUUUCUUUGACAUUGGAACGACGCCAACAUCUACAUAGCGUAUACAUGUACAAUAAAAAAGCCCAAGAUUCUUGCCUAGGUGGUUAGUGAUAUAAAUACUUAUUUAGUUUCUGAAUAUCUUAGAACUGUGCAUUAUUGUUUCGUAAUACUUCCUCAGAUAAGGAAGAUCUGAAACAAUAAACAGUGUUAUUUUUAUUUUCUGGCAGAUGAAGUUUCGGAGUCAUGCGAACGUGUCAAGCUUUGUAUGAAAACAAGCACACAGCCCAUUCUAUAAUGCCGCUAUUUCGUAACCGAUAUCGCGUGAACAAACUCUUUAACCCCGUAUUUAAGAUUUAUAGCUGCGAGCAGGCUAGCCCAGAUUGGCUCCGUCUUAAAACAAGACAAUGAAAAACAAUGCUAAUUUCGGUGAUUUACGACAUUUUACCAACCAGUUCAAUUACAGAUUUUGUCCGAACAACAUUGCAAUGGUCCGGCAGACAAAAAUUUGUUGUGAUGUAUGUAGAUUUCUAUAACAUAUGCUUAGGUAUAAAAUGUUUUUAUCACAACAGGAAGUGCCAAAAUUCCAUGUAAAUUUCACAAUUUGGUAAUGUUUCAAGGGCUGUCGCACAAAAUACUGGAAAAUGCCGCAACAUUUUUUUAAAGAGGCUUUUAACAUGGCUUACAAGCUAAACUUUAGUGGUAUGUUAGUUUCUUCACUGCUUCUAACUUUUGAGAUAUUGCCAUUAAAAAACGGCAUACUUUUGUCUUAGUUGGGAAAGCGAGUUUUAGGCUAUUUUUGAAAGAUUUAUUUUGCAUUGAAAAGUUAACAAAACACAAUGAACUCCGCGCAUAGUCAAGAUUAAUAUGCGUUUUACAACAUAUAACGAAAUAGUGUAAAUCGGAGUUUUGUAGUGUCCGUAGCAGACUUUUCAAUUUACCUAAAUAUUGUCAAAUUUUCAGCGACCGGAAAUGCCAAUUAAACGGGAGGUAAAACACAUUGUUUUCAACGUAAAAUAUUUUCGUUGUUUUUUGGUCAUUUUUGUUUUGUUGUGCCAUGGUACAGUAUAUGCUAAAACAAUUAUUCACCUCAGUGUCGGUUAAAUAUUCACAUAUUCGAUUUAAAAACAAUCUGACAUUUGUAGAAUAAAAUUUGCAUUUUUAAAUAUUUAUUAUAAUCAGAAAUGGAUUUAUACUCAUUGCCGAUUGGUAAAAAGGAUUCGUGGAGAACUACUAUCAUAAUGCGAAUAUGUUGUGUUUUCCCCCUGGCGAUCCCAAGAUUCUUUGCGCUAACCGCGCGGAAAUAUGGGAUCUGGCAACCGGCAAAUCAUUCAUUGGCGUAUACUCUAUGUGACAAACCUAGAUCGAGUUGUGACUUCCAGGGUUGUAAUAUGACUUCGAAUCUAACACUGACACGUUACGAGUAACUUUAGCCGUGAAUAAAGCAUAUAAGAUUAAUUAUACAGGGAAUAUAGAAACGCGAGACCUUGAGAAAUCAAGCUAUAUAUAUUGUUGGAAUUUGAAUACACAUAGCACCUACUAUAUAUGCUGAACCCACGUUUGCUUAUUUCCUAUUUUCAGCAACAGAAACUUAAAGCCAACUUGGAAUUGCACGAAAUCGACCCAUUGUUGAUUUCCAAGUUUAAAGAAAAUUCCUUCCUAGGAAAAGGGACUUUUGGUACAGUCGAUCUUUCCGAGUUCCAAGGGUAUCCUGUUGCUGUAAAACACUUGAAGCCAAAGUGCAGUUCAAAAAAAGAUGUGAUAAGAGAGGCUACAAUUAUGUCCAAACUCUCUCACAAGAACCUGCCAUAUCUGUUUGGAGUAUGCACCAAGGUUGCUCCUUACAGUUUAGUGUCUAGGUUUUGUGGCAUUGAAGGACAGUCUGUUACAUGCAGUUCAUGAUGCUCUUGCAAGAGAAGAUAAUUCAUCUUUGCCUUGGACUACUUUGAUGGAGGAAUGUUGUAGUGCUUUGAGCUACUUACACAAUGCUGGAUAUCUGCACAAUGAUAUCAAGAGCGAUAAUUUGCUCUUAACCAAAUCAUCAUCUAACUCAGAGGAGAAGAGCAUACGCAUGAUCCUAAAUGAUCUUGGAAAAGCAACACUGAUAACUGAAGGCAAACUAUACAACCUUACUCCUACUGACAAGGAAAAGUAUUACAAGUUCCACAAUCACAUUGCUCCUGACGUUAUAGAGGGCGAAGCUCCCCAGUCUAUCAAGAGUGACACUUUCUCUUUAGGAAUAGUUUUCUAUGAUGUGGCCAAAGCUGUUAAGGAUGACGAGCUGCGAAAAUUAACAAAAUCAUGUACAAGAUCAAAUCCCUCCUUGAGAUGUGAUUUACAUGACUUGGUUGUCAAAAUUAGAGCAUACCUUAACAAACUUUAG